CAUUUGGAAAAUUACAUUUAAGACGAAGAGGAAGGGGAUGGGAAGGAGCUUAGCUGGCUUUGUUCUAAUAGCUGUAAUCACCCGAAGCGCAACCAUGAGCCCUGUUGCGCUGGGUGCCGCAGCCCUGCCGCGCAGGGGGCUGGGGGACUCGGCUCUCCUCCCCGUGCCACCCCGGCUUCUGCUCCCUCUCCGAUGGCAGCUUGCACUUUGUUCCUGCUUGGAACCAGUGCCCUGGCUUGGCUUUAUUGCACAAAGGACUAUAUUUACAUAAACAGGGGAAAGGUUGGUCAGAAGGUGAAGAUGAUGCGUCUUGAAGGGAAGCUGGUGGCUUAAAUACCCCAACCUCGCCGUCUCGCCCGGCUGCUCAGCCUUGAGAGGAGGAAAAAAAAGCCGGAGUGCCAUUUUAACUUUUUUUUUCCCUCUUCCGACAGUGUUUUCAGACACUGCCACCACCCACAGCGAGCAGGACCUGUGCCGAGAGGAGGAGGGGAUCUCUCCAAAGCAGGUGAGGCCGGGCGGUGAACAGCAGCAUGGACCUGGAUGUGCUGAACAUGUUUGUCAUCGCCGGUGGCACCUUGGCCAUCCCCAUCCUGGCUUUCGUGGCCUCCUUCCUCCUCUGGCCCUCAGCGCUCAUCCGCAUCUACUACUGGUACUGGCGCCGAGCCUUGGGUAUGCAGGUUAGAUACGCAAACUACGAUGACUAUCAGUUCUGUUAUUCCUAUAGAGGAAGACCUGGAUACCGACCAUCCAUCCUGAUGUUACAUGGGUUCUCAGCCCACAAAGACAUGUGGUUGUCCAUAGUCAAGUUCCUGCCCAAGAACCUGCACUUGGUGUGCGUUGACAUGCCCGGGCACGAGGGCACGACCCGCUCGGCCUUGGACGAUUACUCCAUUAGUGGGCAAGCUAAGAGAAUACACCAGUUCGUGGAGUGCAUCAAGCUGAACAGAAGGCCCUUUCAUCUGGUUGGCACUUCCAUGGGGGGAAACGUAGCUGGCGUCUAUGCUGCUCAGUACCCAGAAGACAUUUGCAGCCUGACUCUCAUCUGUCCUGCAGGCCUGCCAAGCACCACAGACAGCAAGUUCAUCAAGCAGCUCCGGGAGCUGCAAGAGUCUGAACGCAUCGACAGGAUCCCUUUAAUUCCUUCCACGCCUGAGGAGAUGGCAGACAUGCUGAAGCUCUGCUCCUACGUCCGCUUCAAGGUGCCGCAGCAGAUCCUCCAGGGCCUCGUUGACGUUCGCAUCCCACACAAUGAUUUUUAUCGGAAACUGUUUCUAGAAAUUGUGGAUGAAAAGUCCAGGCACUCUCUCCACGAGAACAUGAGCAAGAUCAAAGCACCGACGCAGGUCAUCUGGGGAAAGCAGGACCAGGUCCUGGAUGUUUCCGGCGCCAGUGUUUUAGCCAGCGCUAUCCCGGACUGCCACGUCUACAUCCUGGAGAACUGCGGGCACUCGGUGGUGGUGGAGCGGCCCCGCAAGACGGCCAACCUCAUCCUGGAGUUCCUGGCGCUGCUGCACAGCAUGGACAACAACAAGAAGCAGGCAUGAGCGUGGCAGGGAGCCGAGCGCCCACGCCGGGUCUUUUAAAUUGUAAAGUACUGCAGCUUUGAUAAGUUCUCAGGGAUCUUGUACGAAUCGGGGUGAAUGUGCCAAAGUCCCUGAAGAAAGCAGAAUCACUGAUACCUAAACCUAUAGCACCGCCGGCACAGCGACCUAGGGGUCAUUGGGCAACCUCCAUAGAUACAGGAACGGAAGCAGAAACUCCACCUUUUCUACUUAGAGAUAAAGUAGAAACGAGCUGAAAUCACCAAGCACUAGCCAUGCCGUGUGCUGAAGCUCCUUAUGCAGCCACCCAUCUUACCCGAGUUACUGGCACGUAGUUGUUAAUGACAUUUACCUAAACUAUGUAAGAAGCUUAGGAAGGAGGAAGCGUCCUGGACUGAGACUUAGACUAUUUCUACUCCUUAGAGUCCGUCGCGUUGCAUGCUGCCGUGCUGUAAGAGAAACCCCAGUGCUCCAGGCGUCCGCUCGAGUGCUUUUUGUGUAGCUCCUUAACUCGUGAUUGAUGCAGAAAGCGACAGCAAACUCCAUGCGUGGAAGUCCGAUGACUGUAUGUGCAAAAAUGUUUACACUUUGAGUGGGUUUUUUUUCGAAAUCCCCAAACAGCUCCUGUGUAUAUGUGAUGCCUUAACAUUGCCCAGGGUACGGCACCUGCGCACAGCCUGCCUUGCCCGGGGGAUGGUUCCCCCGGGGGUGAACAUAGCGAGUGAAGACUCGGGGUGCAAACAGCAGCUUCGCCGUCGUGUGAACCGGAGGGAUGGAAACCCCCCAGGGGGAUUUGGUCCCUGCACCCGAGUCAGCAAUAAGCCCGUGGGCAGGGUGCGAGUCAGCGAACUCGGGCCACCUCUUGUCUCAGCUCCUCUAUCCCAUCGCGCUGCUGAACACCUUGAUGUAAAUAACGAUCUUCUUAAUGAAUUCCGUGAAUUCUGCAAAUGCCGAUGUCACCGAAACCGGGCGUGAUGGGCGGGAGCGGGCUGUGUGUGUGGGUAGUGCAGGGGAUGGGGGGUCCUGGGGUCACUGGAUGGUGAGGCGGGGGGGGACGAUGGACAGUUCAGCUGCGGGGCUCUGGGAGGUGGCGUGGAAAGGUACAGUGGGCUUGUACAUUCUCUCGGUGAUUAUAACUCCUGACUGAGUGAAAUUAGAGAUGGAAUGGGGCAACGCAGACAAGCUAAUGCUUUACAGCCUGCAAGGUGGUGCCUGGGGAUGGAUCCUGCCCCUCCCUGGGUGCGAUGCCUGGCUGCGUGUCCCAGGGGGAGAGGGCUGGUCCUGGUCCUGGUCCUGGCAGAACCCAUGGCUGCUGGAGGGCAAGGUGGUGCGUAGUCCUCUGGGAGGCAAAGUGCAGGCGGCCGUCACCACUGGGUCACCCCUGGCCCUCCGGGGGGGUUGACACCCGGGGGGUGCUGCCGGAGCCCCCGCGCAGAGCGGGUGUGCGCUCCGGAGGUGCUGACAGCCAUCGUCCCGCCAUCUUUCUGAGAUACCCCCACCUGUACAUAUAUAUCUGAAACCCCCCGUCAGCUUCUCUCUGCUCUUUUUAAGAGAAGAAACAUCAUUCUUUUAGAAAAUUAGAAAUUUGCUGUUAAUUGCUUGGUUAUUGUUUCUACUACAGGAGUUAAUUUAAAAAAAAAAAAAAAAAGCUGAUAGUUUUAUGUGGUAAAAGCCAGAAAAAGUUGUUGGGUAUCUAUAUGGUUUCUCAUAUGCCACAGAUUGCUGUACACAAAGGAUUUAUAUGGCUAUUAAAAUCUAGUGAUUCAAGGA